AUGCGGAGGGCCUUUGAAGCAUCUCAGGAGGCAAAUGCCGGUUUCUACUCCGAAACAACCAUUGUGGGACGGGCGCAAAUUGGAAUUGCGGCAAUUCAUGUGGGCCGCAAUGUACCUGUCUCCGGCUCGAGGGCUCGGGAGAUGGAAGCUAUGCACUGUACGACCUCGUCGCGGUUCCAGGGGAAGGCGUCGAUCGCACAAGCGCCGAGACAAGUUGGAGACGAUCUUCCAUUAUGA